GGGGCUGAAACUAUCCUUACAGAUGGUAGCAUGCAUGUCUGCUUGGAGUUAGGGAGGAGGCUGAGGAGAGCAGGUACCUCUCACUUCCUUAAGCCAGUGGCCCUAAUAUCCACCCACAGACUCUACUGGAAUCAUCAGAGGUUACCUGGGCAGAGCUGUCUCAUCGUGUGGGCCAGUUUUUGCCAAGCUCCAAGUCUGCAGUGAUUUUCUUCAAACUCCUUAAGUGGAGAUUGAGAUGUUAGGAUGACACUUGAGUCUCAAUUACCAAUUGUCUGAAGAUGUUUUUCUGCAGAUUUAGAAAUCAGAGGCAGAGCAAGGACCACUGGUAGGUGUACUUGUAGCUAAAAGAACUGUGGGUUAGUUGUACAAGUGCAAUAUGUGUUGGGGCAGCUUGCUGGAGAGGCCAGAUUUUCAAAACAAGCACUGGUGAGGUACCAAAAUAAGAGCUAAACACCUGGAAAGAUGUUUAGCCAUUCUAUUGUCUGCAAGGAAGUGUGAUUUGGUAGCUGCAAUACAAAGAAGUUGGUUCGUAGAAUUGAGAGUAUUUUUUUAGAACAGGCAAGUUUUUGUCAGUGAUCAUCACCUCAUCCUUAGCUGCUUUCUCAUUCCCAUGCUUGCUAAGUAAACUGCUGCCCCUUUUGACCGUCUUCCACCAUCAGACUGUGCUAAUCUGGGCCUUGGUGGUGCUUGUUGGUUUGUUUUUAGUUUUGUUUUUAACCUGUAUCUGUUUUAGAACAGGACACCAAGAACAGUUACAUCAUCAGAAAUAAGGGGAUGAUAAAGAUGGAGCCUAAGGAAGUGCCUGUGUUGACGAGAGAAAUUCUUACAUCAGGCCACACCUUGAAUCUCUCAGUUGUCCAUUUCAUGGAGUCAGGAUAAUCCUUGCUAAUUUAUUAUAAACACAAAGUAAACUUAAGCAUAUGUGAGUACUGCACAGUUCAUCGUGGACAUGGCAAGAGACCAGUGGUCUGAUUGUUUGCCUGAUGGUCUCACCACUGUGUUGCACUGGUUCCCUCCUAGAAUGUUAGAAUGGAACCAAACAGAAUUAACUUAGUGUGAAUCCUUUUUGGAAAACAAUGGUGUCUUCAAAGCAAUGCAUGCUCAUCUCUUCAUUAUUGCCAAUAUGCUAGAAUGAUAAAUAAGCAGUACAAACAUCCCUUUGUCAUAGCUCUUAAAUCUGUAUAAUGACAUUUUGUUUUCUCAGCCUUCAUGAAGUGUGAAAUUUGCAUUUUUGCAGUACACCACUUUUUGCUUACCUGAAGAAUGCUUUUUAACUGAAUGAAGCAGUUACUGAGAAUAAGAUGUGAAAGAGGAAAUGAGCUGAAUAUUUUCCUUAUUAAACAGACAAGGCAAACCAAAACCAGAGGCCCAUCACAAACAAGCCCACAAACAUAGUGGUUUCCUUUUUUUUCCAAGACAGAACACUUCAAAGAUAGUUCAACACAAAGUUGAACAGCAAAGUCUUUUUCAGAUCACAAGAUUCUUUAUGGUUCAUCACAUGGCUUUUCCUCAUGGACUGGCCCCUUCUGCCUUUGAAAAGAAACUUUCAGAAAAGGAAAUGGACAAAGCACAGUUAACCUGUGAACUCCAAGAUGCAGUUUUAGUGGAUGUGUCAUGUGUAUCCCUGUACUUACAUACAUAAUUCUGUGUGCAUUCGUCACAUACCUAUUUUUCCCCCCCCACAGAUAGUGAAUAUGCCUAAAAAGAAGACUGGUGCUCGUAAGAAAGCUGAGAACCGUCGAGAACGUGAAAAGCAGAUAAGGGCUUCAAGAGCCAACAUAGAUUUGGCCAAACAUCCUUGUAAUGCUUCAAUGGAAUGUGAUAAGUGCCAAAGACGACAGAAGAACAGAGCUUUUUGCUACUUCUGUAACUCUGUUCAGAAAUUACCCAUUUGUGCACAAUGUGGAAAAACCAAAUGCAUGAUGAAGUCUUCAGACUGUGUCAUAAAACACGCUGGUGUGUAUGGUACUGGACUAGCAAUGGUGGGUGCAAUCUGUGAUUUCUGUGAAGCUUGGGUGUGUCACGGGAGGAAGUGUCUCAGCACACACGCGUGUAUCUGCCCUCUCGCAGAUGCAGAAUGUAUUGAGUGUGAAAGAAGUGUCUGGGACCAUGGAGGCAGAAUAUUCGCCUGCUCUUUUUGCCAUGAUUUCCUCUGUGAAGACGAUCAGUUUGAACAUCAAGCCAGCUGCCAAGUUCUGGAAGCAGAGACGUUUAAAUGUGUUUCCUGUAACAGGCUUGGGCAGCAUUCGUGCCUGCGUUGUAAGGCUUGUUUUUGUGACGACCAUGUGCGAAGUAAGGUCUUCAAGCAGGAAAAAGGAAAAGAGCCUCCUUGCCCUAAAUGUGGCCACGAAACUCAGCAGACAAAGGAUCUGAGCAUGUCAACCCGCUCCUUGAAGUUUGGCCGACAGACUGGAGGAGAAGAUGCAGAUGGAGCUUCUGGUUAUGAUGCCUACUGGAAAAACCUCUCCUCCAGCAAGACUGGAGAUGCAGGUGACCGUGAGGAUGAAUAUGAUGAAUACGAAGCAGAAGACGAUGAUGAAGAUGACAAUGAUGAGGGAGGGAAGGAUUCAGAUUCUGAGGCCACGGAUGUCUUCAGCAAUUUGAAUUUAGGAAGGACCUAUGCUAGUGGGUAUGCACAUUAUGAGGAAUCAGAAGAUUAAGCCUAGUACGCUGGCAAGCUAAAAACACUUGGAAGGAGCCAAGCAAUGCUUCACUGAGUUGUGUACACGCCAGUAGGAUAGCUCUAUCAGGUACUUACAUAUCAAAGUUAGAGAAUUAACAGUGUGGGACUUCUGCUGUAACUCCAAGGGGGACUUUUCUUUUAUAUGAACCAAUGGUUCUGGGACUGGGGGAAAAAAUCAGAAUAUUUUUAUUCCCCUAAGCAGCAGAAGAUUGUGUCCCUGAGUUACUGAGUAUAAUGGUUCAAUGCCAUUUUCUCGUAUCAACAUGGGAAUGUGGGAGAGCUGUAGAACUUGCUUCCAUUUGCUCAUCAGAGAUUAAGUUAUUUUUUACAAUCAUUUUGUUAACUGAUUUCAUACAUUAAUGCAGUGGUGAGUUGGUGACUGCGUUUUUUUUUUUGGUCUGCACAAUAAAAGUCAACUGCAUUCUCUAAUAAACUGUCAUAAAUAUUGAUCUCCCUUGAAUAGUUGGAAAGCAGGUUGUGUACAAAGUGUGAAUUGACACUAAAAUAACUUCCUUGUUUAUGUAGGUAUGGCAGAUUAAUGUAUUUUUCUGUGUACUUGCCCAUCAGCCUUUCAGCAUUUUUAGUGUUAGAUAUUAAUUGGUGGGGCUAUAUGCAGUCAUUACAAGUUCACCCCAGAUAAUCAAAACUUUUAUGGCAAUAAAAAUGUUCAUGUAUCCUCUCUGCCACAAAAAUCUAUAAGGCAGUUUCCCAUUAGAUCAAAAAGAGACUGUUUUCUUCUGUGCCCAGCCUUCAGCUCUUUUCCUUGCAUAUGAAACACACACAGAAUAAAAUUAGAUAGGAAACAACCCCGUAUAUGAAUUGAUAAGGUGAGAAAACACAGCGAGGUUCAAAGUGCUGGGUCCAAAUAUUAUUCUGUGCAAGGGUGCUGGUACAAGGCAAAUGAUCAACACAUCUGAGCAAGGAGGUGACACCUGCAGUAGUGUUUGCAGUGAUUCUGGUUUGAAAGUCAACGUGUUAAUUACCAAUGUACAGAUCUAAGUGGUGGAGUUUAUUUUCCUUUUUCAGGGGAAUGUUUUACAGCUGACAGAUCACAACAGCAGGGCAGCCACCUAAAGUGCUGCUCCAGCUUUCUAAAUACCAUGCUUUAAUGCAAGAGAGCCAUUUCUUGUUAUCUGUCAAAUAUCUGAACUGAUUAUUGCGUUA